CCGGCAUGCAGAGAGGCGGAGGGGAGGAGGACGGAGUUAAGAUGGCAGCGCGGCUAGUGCUGCCGCCGCUCCGGAAAAACACAGGCAACGCACAAAAACAACAGACGGCGGUUCACGGUUUUUGAGAGCAUUCGGCUUGUAAAAUCGAAGAUGAACACUCCGUUUGGCUCGAACCGUGGUUCUUUCAGGAGCGAAGGCUGAAUCAUUAUCUAGAGAAAGCGGCUUGUUUCGCAGUUGUGUGCGGGAGCCUUACCGGAUCGGAGAGCCUGGAUGCAGAGCGCUGCCCCCGGACGGUUUCGCUUUAACGUGUCGGAUAUUUGAGGAGAACUUUAUGAUUAACGACGUCUGAAUCCACACACCGACUACCAGCCCGUAACACUGGUGUGAUAUAUGCAUUGUUCCCCACAACGAUGAUGUGUGCUGCUGCGGCAGCUGGAGCCGGCGCUGGGACUCUGUCUUCCUCACCCCCGUCAGCGGGACUGGGAUCGGGACUGGGACCGGGACUGGGGGUCAGGGUUGUGUCCGGACUGGGGAGCGAGUUUCCCUCAGUCGGGUUAGGAAUGGGCUCGUAUGCCCCUCCGGGGUCUCCGGACUGCCGGAGCCGAUACCAGCUGCUCCUGUCAGGGCGAGCUUUGGCGGAGAGAUACCGAAAGAUAUACACUAGCGCGGUCAGCGACAAAGAGCACGGCGCACACCUGGGGAGGGGAAAGAAAGCUUUAAGUAAGAAGAAACUAAAAAGGCGGCAAAAAGUCAGAUCAAAAGUCAAAACAAGAACAAAGGCAGAGAGCCUGGAUGGGGCCUUCCCUGUGCCAGACAUUAAACUCCACAGCAACCCCUCUGCGUUUAAUGUCUAUUGUAAUGUGCGCCACUGCGUGUUGGACUGGCAGCAGAAGGAGGCGUCCCUGGCACUGGCCUCCCGCAGCUCCGUGCAGAGUGGUGAUUCCGACAGCGAAGAAGAGGAGGAGUGUCGUGAGCCUGCUGUCAAACUCCCCAAGAUCAUUGGCAUCGGUCUGUGUGGGGUGUUCGAGCUCAUCAAGGAGACGAGAUUCUCACACCCCUCAUUGUGCUUGAGGAGCCUCCAGGCCCUGCUGGACAUGCUGCAGGGCCAACAGCCUGAGAGCUUCCAGACUGAACCACCAGAUGUGCUGGAAUCCCUCUUCCAUCUGCUGCUGGAGACCACCGUGCGGAGUACAGGAAUGAACGACCCCACAGGUCAGACUCUCACAGCCCUGUCCUGCGCCUGCCUCUUCAGCCUGGUGGUAGCCUGGGGAGACACAGGGAAAAUCCUCCAGGCCGUGUCCGCCAUCCUCACCAACAACGGCAGCCAUGCUUGCCAGACCAUCCAGGUCCCGACGAUCCUGAACGCCCUGCAGAGGAGUGUGCAGGCGGUGUUGGUGGGGAAGAUCCAGAUCCAGGACUGGUUUGGAAACGGCAUUAAGCGUGCGGCCCUCAUGAACAAGUGGCUGCUGAAGGAGGUGAACACGGACACGGAUGAGCGCUGUCUGCUGCAGACCGACGGCUCCUUCCUCUACCUGCUCUGCAAGGAUGGCCUCUACAAAGUAGGCUCAGGAUACAGUGGAACUGUCAGGGGUCAUGUGUACAACUCCACAUCACGCAUCAGGAACCGAAAGGAAAAGAGGUCAUGGCUGGGAUUUGCUCAGGGCUCCUUGCUAUAUCGGGACAUGAACAGUCACAGCAUGUCAGCUAUCAAGAUCAAUCCAGAGACUCUCGAACAGGAGGGCAGCAUCACAAUGCCAGGUCUUCAAGCAGAUGGACAGAACAUCAUCUUCACUGAUGGAGAGUAUGUCAACCAGAUCGCUGCCUCCAAGGACGACGGCUUUGUGGUGCGAAUCUACGCCACCAGCACAGAUCCCGCCCUACAGCAGGAGCUGCAGCUCAAACUGGCCAGGAAAUGUCUCCACGCCUGUGGCAUCUCCCUGUUUGACCUGGAAAAAGACCUGCACAUCAUUAGCACAGGGUUUGAUGAAGAAGCAGCACUUCUUGGAGCUGGUCGAGAGUUUGCUCUGAUGAAAACUGCUUCUGGGAAGAUUUACUACACUGGCAAGUAUCAGAGCCUGGGCAUAAAGCAGGGUGGGCCGUCUGCGGGGAAGUGGGUGGAGCUGCCCAUCACCAAGUCCCCCAAGAUCGUCCAGUUCUCGGUGGGCCACGACGGAUCCCAUGCCCUCCUGGUGGCCGAAGAUGGCAGUGUUUUCUUUACCGGGUCCGCCAGUAAGGGGGAGGAUGGAGAGUCAACCAAGAGUCGGAGGCAGCCAAAGCCCUACAAGCCCAAGAAAAUGAUCAAGCUGGAGACGAAGACGGCCGUGUACACGGCCUGCAAUAACGGCAGCAGCAGCAUUGUGACCAAGGACGGAGAGCUCUACAUGUUUGGCAAGGAUGCCGUUUACAGCGACAGCACCUGUCAGGUGUCAGACCUGAAGGGGCACUUUGUAACUCAGGUAGCUAUGGGGAAGGCCCACACCUGUGUGCUGACUAAGAGUGGUGAGGUGUGGACGUUUGGAGUCAACAACAAAGGCCAGUGUGGCAGAGAUACUGGAGCGAUGAGUCAGGCAGGGAAAGCCUUUGGGGUGGAGAAUAUGGCCACGGCGAUGGACGAGGACUUGGAGGAUGAGCUGGAAGAGAAGGAGGAGAAGUCCAUGAUGUGUCAGCCGGGCAUGCACAAGUGGAAGCUGGACCAGUGUAUGGUGUGCACUGUCUGUGGAGACUGCACUGGCUAUGGGGCCAGCUGUGUGAGCAGUGGAAGACCUGACAGAGUACCGGGAGGCAUCUGUGGCUGUGGCUCAGGCGAGUCAGGCUGUUCCUCUUGCGGCUGUUGUAAGGCGUGUGCUCGCGAGCUGGAUGGUCCGGAGGCCAGACAGAGGGGGAUCUUUGAUGCUGUGAAGGAGAUGAUCCCACUAGACCUGCUGUUAGCUGUGCCUGUCCCUCCUCCUCCAGGCGUAAACAUAGAGGAGCACAUCCAGAUCAGACAGGAAGAGAAAAGGCAGCGCGUCAACCGCCGUCACAGGCUGGAGGAAGGCAGAGGGCCUCUUGUAUUCCCUGGCCCCCUUUUUAUGAACCAGCGUGAGCGUGAACAGGCUCUAGCCAGACUAAGACCCCUACAGGCCUUUAAGAUAAUGCGGGACAAACUCAAAGACGGCAGCAGUGAACGCGGAGACAAGGAUGCCAGUAAGAUCACCACCUACCCCCCGGGGGCCGUGCGCUUCGACUGUGAGCUCCGUGCCCUGCAGGUCAGCUGCGGGUUUCACCACUCUGUGGUGUUAAUGGAGAGUGGGGAUGUUUACACCUUUGGCUAUGGGCAGCAUGGCCAGUUAGGCCAUGGAGAUGUCAAUUCCAGAGGGUCUCCGACACUAGUGCAGGCUCUCCCCAGCCCCAGUGCACAGGUGACAGCGGGCAGUAACCACACUGCCGUGCUCCUCGUGGAUGGCCAGGUCUUUACUUUCGGGAGCUUCUCGAAAGGACAGCUCGGUAGACCCAUACUGGACAUGCCUUACUGGAAUGCCAAACCUUCACCCAUGCCCAACAUCGGUGCCAAAUACGGCCGCAAAGCCACGUGGAUAGGUGCCAGUGGAGACCAGACCUUCUUGAGGAUUGAUGAAGCGCUAAUCAACUCCCACGUCUUGGCCACCUCCGAGAUCUUUGCCAGCAAACACAUAAUUGGUUUGGUUCCUACCUCGGUGUCUGAGCCUCCUCCCUUCAAAUGCCUGCUGAUUAACAAAAUGGACGGAAGCUGUCGAACGUUCAAUGACUCUGAGCAGGAGGACCUCCAGGGCUUUGGUCUGUGUCUGGACCCUGUGUACGAUGUCAUCUGGAGGUUCCUGCCCCGCUCUCGGGAGAUGUGGUGCUAUAACGCUGUGAUCGCAGAUGCGCGUGUGCCCUCUGCCCCCGACAUCCAGGCACGCUGCAGCAUCCUGAGCCCCGAGCUGGCCCUGCCCUCGGGCUCCCACGCUGUCACCACCCGUUCCCACGGAGCCCUGCAUAUCCUGGGUUGUUUGGACACACUGGCUGCCAUGCAGGAGCUGAAGAUGGGUGUGGCUAGUGCUGAGGAGGAGACACAGUCUGUGAUGAAGGUUUACUCGAAGGAGGACUACAGUGUGGUCAAUCGCUUUGAGAGUCAUGGUGGAGGCUGGGGUUACUCCGCCCACUCCGUCGAGGCCAUCCGCUUCUGCGCCGACGCCGACAUCCUACUGGGAGGCCUGGGGCUGUUUGGUGGCAGGGGAGAGUACACAGCCAAAAUCAAGCUGUUUGAGCUGGGACCAGAUGGAGGGGAUCAUGAGACAGACGGGGACCUACUGGCUGAGACAGACGUCCUGGCCUAUGACUGUGCUGCUAGGGAGAAGUACGCCAUGAUGUUUGACGAGCCUGUCCUGCUGCAGCUGGGCUGGUGGUACGUGGCCUGGGCCCGUGUGUCCGGCCCCAGCAGUGACUGUGGCUCUCAUGGCCAGGCCACUAUCACCACUGAUGACGGCGUGGUGUUCCAGUUUAAGAGCUCCAAGAAAUCAAACAAUGGUACUGAUGUGAAUGCAGGGCAGAUACCCCAGCUGUUAUACAGACUGCCAUCCAAUGACGGAAACGCCGCUAAAGGGAAGCAGCAGACCAGUGAGCCUGUGCACAUUCUGAAGCGCUCCUUCGCCAGGACUGUCUCUGUGGAGUGCUUCGAGUCCCUGCUGAGUGUCCUGCACUGGAGCUGGACUACGUUAGUUCUGGGUGUGGAGGAACUGAGGGGGCUGAAGGGUUUCCAGUACACAGCCACGCUGCUGGACCUGGAACGCCUGCGCUUUGUGGGGACCUGCUGCCUCCGCCUGCUGCGUGUCUACAUCUGCGAGAUCUACCCCAUCUCUGCCAGCACCAAAGCAGUUGUGGAGGAGUCCAGCAGGCUGGCGGAGUGUGUGGGCAAGACCCGCAGCCUGCUGAAGAAGGUCCUGUCCGAGGGCAUGGACAACUGCCUAACCAAGCUGGACAACGACCCGCAGGGCUACCUGAGCCAGCCGCUCACCCUGCUGGAGGCCGUGCUGCAGGAGUGCCACAACACCUUCACCGCCUGCUUCCACUCCUUCUACCCCACGCCCGCGCUGCAGUGGGCUUGCCUCUGUGACCUACUCAACUGCCUGGACCAGGACAUCCAGGAGGCAAACUUCCGCACGUCGAGUAGCCGCCUGCUGGCUGCUGUGAUGUCUGCCCUGUGUAACACGUCGGUGAAGCUGACCUCCAUCCUGCCGAUCGCGUACGACGGGGAAGUGCUGCUCCGCUCACUCGUCAAGCAGGUCAGCACCGAGAAUGAUUCGGCCCUCGCUCACCGCUUCCCCCUGCUGGUGGCUCACAUGGAGAAACUCAGCCAUACAGAAGAGAAUCUGAUGGGGAUGACGAGUUUCCGGGAGGUUCUGGAGAAGAUGCUGGUGAUCGUGGUGCUGCCCGUGAGGAAGAGUCUGAGGAAGGAGGUGGAGCUGUUCUCUCCUCAUCUGGUGUCCAACACCUGUGGCUUGCUGGCCAGCAUCGUCAGCGAGCUCACGGCCUCUGCACUCGGCUCUGAGGUGGACGGGCUGAGCUCCCUGCACUCGGUGAAGUCCACCCCCAACCGCUUCACAAAGACCAGCCAGGGCCGUAGCUGGAACACAGGCAACGGCUCGCCCGACGCCAUCUGCUUCACUGUGGACAAAGCAGGCGUGGUGCUGGUGGGCUUCUGCGUGUACGGCGGAGGGGGCAUCCACGAGUACGAGCUGGAGGUUCUGGCUGAUGAUGCACAGACAGAGCACCCAGGAGACUCGGCGCACUCUCACAGAUGGACAUCGUUAGAGCUGGUUAAAGGCACCUACAGCACCGAUGAUAGCCCCAGCGACAUCGCCGAGAUCCGCCUGGACAAGGCUGUGCCUCUGAAGGAGAAUGUGAAAUAUGCCGUCCGUCUGCGUAACUACGGCAGCCGCACAGCCAAUGGAGAUGGAGGGAUGACCACGGUUCAGUGUUCCGACGGAGUCGCCUUCACCUUCAGUACCUGCAGUCUGAGUAGUAAUGGCACAAACCAGACCCGAGGCCAGAUCCCUCAGGUCCUUUACUACAGAAGCGAAUAUGAUGGAGACCUGCAGUCGCAGCUGCUGAGCAAAGCGAACGAGGAGGAUAAGAACUGCAGCCGUGCGCUCUCUGUCGUCAGCGCCGUGGUGCGCGCAGCCAAGGACCUCCUGCACAGAGCCUUUGCCGUGGACGCUGAAGACAUUCCAGAGUUGCUGAGCUCCUCCAGUCUCUUCUCCAUGCUGCUCCCUCUCAUCCUGGCCUACAUCGGCCCUGUUGCAGCCUCAGUGCCAAAGGCUGCUGUGGAGGUGUUUGGUUUGGUGCAGGAGCUUCUCCCUGCUGUGUCUGCCCUGAACCAGAAGUACGCCCCGCCUGCCUUCAACCCCAACCAGUCUACAGACAGCACGACUGGGAACCAGCCUGAGCAGGGCCUGUCAGCCUGCACUACCUCCAGUGUCUAUGCCGUCAUAGAGAGCGAUCAUCCCUAUAAGCAAGCCGCCGUCACCCAGUACAAGGUGUCUUUCCCAGACUGCGUUCGCUGGAUGACCAUAGAGUUCGAUCCACAGUGUGGCACGGCGCAGCCAGAGGAUGUGCUGCGCCUGCUCAUUCCCAGCCGCAUGCUGCACUUCUCCAGCCUGGGCUCCAGGCCUCUGGCCCACGAGAUCAUCAACACCUGGACGGAACUGAAGAAGUUCUCUGGCUCUAAUGGCUGGCCUACCAGCAUCCUCGUGCUGCCAGGUAAUGAAGCCCUCUUCUCCUUGGAAACGGCAUCAGAUUACGUGAAAGAUGAGAAAGCCUGCUUUUAUGGGUUUAAAUGUGUGGCCGUGGGAUAUGAGUUUAACCCGGGUCCGGAUGAGGGCAUCAUUCAGCUAGAGAAGGAGCUAGCCUAUCUGGGAAGUGUGUGUGCCGCCGCCCUCAUGAAGAAGGAGCUGGCUUUGCCUAUAGGAAAUGAACUGGAGGAAGAUCUGGAGAUUCUUGAGGAAGCUUCACUCCAGGUAUGUAAGGCCCAUUCCGGGAUCCUGGGGAAAGGUCUGGCUCUCUCCCACUCCCCCACCAUCCUGGAAGCUCUGGAGGGCAACCUGCCCCUGCACCUACAGAGCAAUGAGCACUCCUUCCUGGAGGACUUCAUCACGUGUGUGCCCAAUUCCAGUGGAGGCCGCCUAGCCAGGUGGCUGCAGCCAGACUCUUACGCAGACCCUCAAAAGACUUCCCUCAUCCUGAACAAAGACGACAUCCGCUGUGGUUGGCCAACUACUGUGACGGUGCAGACCAAAGACCAGUAUGGGGACGUAGUGCAUGUGCCGAACAUGAAGGUGGAGGUGAAGGCAGUGCCCGUGUCGCAGAAGAAGUCUGUUCAACAGGACGGCGUGCGGAAGCUCCAGCGUCUGCCUGGCAGCCCCUCACCCUCGGCGCCGGGCACAGACCUCACGUUCGGCGGCCUGCCGGCGCCCAAGCUGGAGGCCACAUAUGAGCCCAUGAUCAUCAAAGAGGCUCGCUACAUUGCCAUCACCAUGAUGAAGGCGUAUGAGAGUUACUCUUUUGAGGAGUUGCGCUUCGCCUCCCCCACACCAAAGAGGCCCAGUGAAAACAUGCUCAUCCGUGCCAACACAGAUGGCACGUAUAGCGCCAACUGGACGCCUGGUGCUGUUGGUCUUUACACCAUCCAUGUCACUAUAGAUGGCAUUGAAAUUGAUGCUGGGCUAGAGGUUGAAGUGAAGGACCCACCCAAAGGAAUGAUUCCCCCAGGCACACAGAUGGUUAAACCCAAAGCUGAACCGCAGCCAAGCAAGGUGCGCAAAUUUGUGGCCCAGGACAGCGCAGGGCUGCGUGUGCGUAGUCACCCCUCUCUGCAGAGUGAACAGAUAGGCAUAGUCCAAGUCAAUGGCACCAUCACUUUCACUGAUGAGAUCCACAAUGAUGAUGGUGUGUGGCUCAGACUGAAUGAUGAGACUGUAAAGAAGUAUGUUCCCAACAUGAAUGGGUACACUGAAGCCUGGUGCCUCUCUUUUAACCAGCAUCUGGGCAGAAACCUUCUGGUCCCUGUUGACGAGGCCAGACCCCAGUCAGAUGAAUGUGCAAGGGAGACCAAUGGCCGCCCUUCCCAUGAAGUCCCCAUGCGCAAUGUGGACAGGGUGGGCCUGGGUGGCGGACCAGGCCUUUAUAAGGUAGUGAAGACGGGACCCUCGGGUCACAACAUCAGAAGCUGCCCAAACCUUAGAGGUAUCCCCAUUGGGAUGUUAGUUCUGGGAAACAGACUCAAGGCGGUAGGCGAGGUGAUUAACUCAGAAGGGACCUGGGUCCAGCUGGAUAAAAACAGCGUGGUGGAGUUCUGUGAGAGUGACGAGGGGGAGGCCUGGUCCCUGGCCAGAGACAGAGGAGGGAACCAGUACCUGCGCCAUGAAGAAGAGCAAGCAGUUGUGGAGCAUGGCGCUCAGACUCCUCCCCCGAGCCCGUUCUCAGUGCAGGCGUUCAACAGGGCCGCGGGCUGCAGUGGGGCGCAAGGAUUUGAUUACGGCAUCUCCAACAACAGAGGUGACCGGCUGAGUGCCAUACUGAAUUCCAUUCAGUCUGGGCCAUUCCUCCCAGCUCCCUCCGUAUUUGAGCAGGCCGCCAAACCUCCCUCUUCCUUUGUCCACAGCCCUUUUGUGUUUGGACAGUCCCUUUCCCAGCAGCCUCAGCCUCAACCACAGCUUCUACAUGCUUCAUCCCGCAGCCUUGCUUCACGUGAGCGUGUGCACAAAAGCAGUGCGACUGGGCCUGGCACUGCUCUCUCAUCUCUUGCUCUCAGACCAAAGGGUGAGAGAGGAAAUGUGGCAGCUCAGUCCAUCUCGCCCGCGAGCCGCUCGCCUAAACUCGACAGCCGCGCCAGUCGCACAGCAGACCAGGCCAAGAUCAAGACCAUCGAUAGCCUGUCUGCCAACGAGGCCCUCAUCCUCAAAUCAGACACGGGCAAGCUGCGUUCCGACUCCCACAGCCGCUCUCAUUCCCCCAACCACAACACCUUGCAGGCCCUGAAAGCCGAUGGCAGAACCUCAGGCCUCCGGGCCGAGUCGCCCAACCCGGGCUCACGGUCAUCAUCACCCAAACAGAAGACGCUUACCUCAGGAAGGUCCAGCCCCUCCAACUCUACUUCCCCCCGCUCCUCCUCCCCACAUGACAAGAACCUGCCGCUGAAAGUCAGUCCCUCCUCAAAGGCUCGUCUAGACCCUCCCCGCGAGAGAUCGAAGUCUGACUCCUACACCCUGGACCCGGACACUCUGAGAAAGAAAAAGGUGCCCCUGACAGAGCCACUGAGAGGCAGGUCUACUUCACCCAAACCGAAACUCCCGCCCAAAGAGGGCAAGUCAGGCAGCAGUAGCGAGAACCGCACGCCAUCCCCCCAUGUGGUCCAGGAGAACCUUCACAGUGAGGUGGUGGAGGUGUGCAGCUCCAGUGCCCUGCUGUCCAACAGUGAAGCCGGUGACGAAAACGGCAUGCUGCGGAACGCCGAGGAGGGCUCCUCCAAAGUGCAUUUCAGCAUCGGAAAGGCUCCGGUCAAGGAAGAAUCGGAAAGCCGUUCAUCACCCAAGGUCAGCCGCAAGACAUCCAGUAGGCACGUGCGCCCUAAAAAGGACAAAUCGGGACCUCUCUUUAAAGGUGAGAAUGUCCGUCUCACUGAGCCUGCCAAGCAGGCCAUGUCACCCUCUGUGGCAGAGUGUGCCCGUGCAGUCUUCGCUGCCUUCCUGUGGCACGAGGGCAUUGUGCAUGAUGCCAUGGCCUGCUCCUCCUUCCUGAAAUUCAACCCUGAGCUGACCAAAGAGCACGCACCCAUUCGCAGCUCGCUCAGCUGCCAGCAGGGCCUGGAUGAGAAGGAGAGCAAGGUGAAGAACCGCCACUCACUGGAGAUCUCCUCCGCUCUCAACAUGUUCAAUAUCUCGCCUCAUGGACCUGACAUCUCCAAAAUGGGCAGUAUCAACAAAAACAAGGUUCUAUCCAUGCUUAAAGAGCCUCCACUGCCUGAGAAGUGUGAGGAUGGGAAAGGUGAGCCCGUCUGCUACGAGAUGUCCAGCCACUCGUCCAUAAGGUCCAAGUCUCUCCUGCCCCUCACUCUCCAACACCUGGUAGCAUUUUGGGAAGACAUUUCCAUGGCAACCAUCAAAGCUGCCACGCAGAAUAUGAUCUUCCCAAGCCCUGGUUCCAGUGCCAUCCUGAAAAAGAAGGAGAGCGAGAAGGACAACAAGAAGGCCAAGAAGGAGAAGAAGAAGAAGGAGAAGGCAGAGGUGCGCCCCAGGGGGAACCUGUUUGGGGAGAUGGCUCAGCUGGCAAUGGGAGGCCCAGAGAAAGACACGAUCUGUGAACUAUGUGGAGAGUCUCAUCCAUAUCCUGUCACCUACCACAUGAGGCAAGCCCAUCCAGGGUGUGGCCGUUACGCUGGAGGUCAAGGCUAUAACAGUAUCGGCCACUUCUGUGGAGGGUGGGCAGGAAACUGUGGAGACGGAGGUAUAGGAGGAAGCACCUGGUAUUUGGUUUGUGACCGCUGCAGGGAAAAGUACCUGAGAGAGAAACAGACGGCGGCCAGGGAAAAGGUGAAACAGUCUAGGAAGAAACCUCUGCAGGUGAAAACCCCUCGGGCCCUGCCAACUAUGGAGGCUCACCAGGUGAUCCGUGCCAAUGCCCUGUUCCUGCUGUCCCUGAGCAGUGCAGCGGAGCCCAGCCUGCUCUGCCACCACCCACCCAAACCCUUCCACGCCCACCUGCCCAGCCUCAAAGAAGGAGUUUCUGAAGAGAUGCCCAACAAAAUCGGCUGUCUGUAUCUGCAGACUCUGGCUCGGCAACACACUGAGAAUUUUGGAGGCUAUCAGGAUGAAAACCUGUUUCAGGAUGAGAUGCGCUACCUGAGAUCCACGUCAGUGCCUGCUCCAUACAUCUCCGUCACACCGGACGCUUGCCCUAAUGUCUUUGAAGAGCCGGAGAGUAACAUGAAGUCCAUGCCACCUAGUCUGGAGACUAGCCCCAUCACGGACAGCGACACAGCCAAGCGGACGGUGUUCCAGCGCUCUUACUCCGUGGUGGCCUCUGAGUAUGACAAACAGCACUCAGCCUCUCCUGCACGGGUGAAGGCGGUCCCCAGACGUCGGGUACACAGUGGCGAUGCGGAGGUGGGCUCCUCCCUGCUUCGGCACCCCUCCCCCGAGCUGUCCCGCCUCAUCUCGGCUCACGGCUCCCUCAGUAAAGGAGAGAGGAACUUCCAGUGGCCUGUGCUCGCCUUUGUCAUCCAACACCACGAUCUGGAUGGCCUGGAGGUGGCCAUGAAGCAUGCUCUGCGCAAAUCAGCCUGCAGGGUGUUCGCCAUGGAGGCGUUUAACUGGCUGCUGUGCAACGUGAUUCAGACCACGUCCCUCCAUGAUAUUCUCUGGCACUUCGUGGCAUCACUCACUCCGUCUCCCUGUGAGCCGGAGGAAGAGGAGGACGAAGAAAACAAAGGAAACAAAGAGAUUGUGGAGCAGGAAAAAGAUUUGGGGGUGUGUGAGCAUCCGCUGUCUGAUAUAGUCAUCGCCGGGGAGGCGGCACGCCCCCUCCCCCACACAUUCCACAGACUCCUACAGACCAUCUCUGACCUCAUGAUGUCACUUCCCGGCGGGAGCUCCCUCCAGCAGAUGGCCCUCAGGUGCUGGAGCCUCAAAUUUAAACAGUCGGACCAUCAGUUUCUGCACCAGAGUAACGUGUUCCAUCACAUCAACAACAUCCUGUCCAAGUCGGACGACGGGGACAGUGAGGAGAGCUUUAGCAUCAGUGUGCAAUCAGGAUACGAGGCCAUCAGCCAGGAGCUCUGCAUGGUAACGUGUUUGAAGGACUUGACCAGUGUGGUGGACCUAAAGACCUCCAGCCGUCCAGCUAUGAUUGGCAGCCUGACGGAUGGCUCGACAGAGACGUUCUGGGAGUCUGGAGACGAGGACAAGAACAAGACUAAGAGCAUCACCAUCAGCUGUGUGAAAGGCAUCAAUGCCUUAUAUGUGUCUGUCCACGUGGACAACUCCCGUGACCUUGGGAACAAGGUGACUUCAAUGACAUUCCUCUGUGGAAAGGCUGUGGAAGACCUGUGCAGGAUCAAACAAAUGGACCUGGACUCGAGGCACAUGGGCUGGGUGACCAGUGAGCUGCCUGGAGGGGACCACCACGUGGUUAAGAUUGAGAUGAAGGGCCCCGAGAACACCCUCAGGGUGAGGCAGGUGAAGGUGCUGGGCUGGAAGGAGGGUGAAAGCAUCAAGAUAGCCGGGCAGAUCUCUGCCAGCGUGGCCCAGCAGAAGAACUGUGAAGCGGAGACCCUGCGAGUGUUUCGUCUCAUCACCUCACAGGUGUUUGGGAAGCUGAUCUGUGGGGAUGCGGAACCUACUCCAGAACAGGAGGAAAAAAACCUGCUGUCAUCUCCAGAGGGUGAAGACAAGGCUCCGUCUGACGCUGACCUGAAAGAACACAUGGUUGGCAUCAUCUUCAGUAGGAGCAAGCUCACUAAUCUUCAGAAACAGGUGUGUGCCCACAUUGUGCAAGCCAUUCGCAUGGAGGCUACACGUGUGCGAGAGGAGUGGGAGCACGCCAUCUCCAGUAAAGAGAACGCCAACUCGCAGCCCAGCGAUGAUGACACCUCCUCGGAUGCGUACUGCUUUGAGCUGCUGUCCAUGGUUCUGGCUCUGAGUGGAUCCAACGUGGGCCGGCAGUACUUGGCUCAGCAGCUCACCCUACUUCAGGAUCUCUUCUCUCUCCUCCACACAGCCUCACCGCGUGUCCAGAGACAGGUGACCUCUCUGCUCAGGCGCGUUCUCCCUGAGGUGACUCCAGUGCGGCUGGCCAGUGUAAUCGGAGUAAAGGCUUUGCCACCAGCAGAUAUCAGUGACAUCAUCCACUCGACGGAGAAGGGAGACUGGAACAAGCUGGGCAUCCUGGACAUGUUCCUGGGCUGCAUCGCCAAGGCGCUCACUGUCCAGCUGAAGGCCAAGGGCACCACCAUAGUUGGCACAGCUGGCAUGGCAGCGGGCAAAGGGGUGACAACAGUCACACUGCCCAUGAUUUUCAACUCAAGUUACAUCCGUCGAGGGGAGAGUCACUGGUGGAUGAAGGGCUCCACCCCUCCGCAGAUUGCAGAGAUCAUCAUUAAACUGGUUAAAGACAUGGCUGCUGGCCACCUCUCAGAUGCCUGGUCUAGAGUGACCAAGAAUGCCAUUGCGGAGACCAUUAUAGCUCUCACUAAGAUGGAGGACGAGCACCGUUCGCCUGUGCGCUGCAUUGCUACCACGCGGCUUUGGCUGGCUCUAGCCUCUCUGUGCGUGCUGGACCAGGACCAUGUGGACAGGCUGUCCUCAGGCCGCUGGAUGGGCAAAGAUGGGCAGCAGAAGCAGAUGCCCAUGUGCGAUAACCAUGACGACGGGGAGACCGCUGCCAUCAUCUUGUGUAAUGUUUGUGGGAAUCUGUGCACCGACUGUGACCGGUUUCUCCACCUGCACCGCCGCACACGUUCUCACCAGAGACAGGUGUUUAAGGAGGAAGAGGAGGCCAUUAAGGUUGAUCUGCAUGAAGGCUGUGGCAGGACCAAACUCUUCUGGCUCAUGGCACUGGCAGACUCCAAAACCAUGAAGGCUAUGGUGGAGUUCAGAGAGCACACAGGUAAACCUGCGUCGAGCAGCUCAGAGGCCUGUCGCUUCUGUGGCACCAGGAAUGGCACAGAGCUGUCCUCAGUAGGCAGUGUCUGCUCAGACCCAGACUGCCAGGAAUAUGCAAAACUGGCCUGCAGCAAAACGCACGCAUGCGGUCACCCUUGUGGCGGGGUGAAGAAUGAGGACUUGUGUCUGCCCUGCCUACAUGGCUGUGACAAGACCACUGGCUGCCUGAAGCAGGACGCUGAUGACAUGUGCAUGAUCUGCUUCACUGAGGCUUUGUCUGCUGCCCCUGCCAUUCAGCUGGACUGCAGUCAUGUGUUCCAUCUCCAGUGCACACGCAGGGUUCUGGAGAACCGCUGGCUCGGGCCCCGGAUAACCUUUGGGUUUAUGUCCUGUCCAAUCUGUAAGAACAAAAUUAACCAUUUGGUGAUCAAAGACCUGCUGGAUCCUAUUAAAGAGUUGUAUGAGGAUGUGAGGAGAAAAGCAUUGAUGAGACUGGAAUAUGAGGGCUUGCACAAGAGUGAGGCCAUCACAACGCCUGGAGCUCGCUUUUACAACCACCCUGCUGGGUUCGCCAUGAACAGAUACGCUUACUAUGUCUGCUACAAGUGCAAAAAGGCCUAUUUUGGGGGAGAGGCACGCUGUGAUGCAGAAGGAGGCCAGGGCGAUGACUACGACCCCAGUGAGCUCAUCUGUGGAGCAUGCUCAGAUGUGUCCAGAGCACAGAUGUGUUCCAAACAUGGGACAGACUUCCUUGAGUACAAAUGUCGCUACUGCUGUUCUGUUGCUGUCUUCUUUUGCUUUGGGACUACACACUUCUGCAACGCUUGCCACGAUGACUUCCAGAGAAUGACCAGUGUCCCCAAAGAAGAGCUGCCUCACUGUCCUGCAGGACCUAAGGGAAAACAGCUGGAGGGAAGUGAGUGUCCCCUGCAUGUGGUGCAUCCACCCACUGGGGAGGAGUUUGCACUGGGCUGUGGUGUGUGCAGAAAUGCCCACACCUUCUAGGUCACAUGCUUAUCCAAGUCUCUCUCGGAGUCCCCUUUUUACCUGCUCUGCUGUAACUGCAGACUUCAGCUUAAUUGUAACUGCAGACUUCAGCUUCUUGUCUGAAGCAGUUGCCCCAGGUGUCCGGCUUUGAGGAGGCAGUGAUGAGCCACUCUGCUUUGGAGUUUGGUCUCUCAGUGGAUGCUGAAGAAAGCAAAGGAAGAACAUAGAAAUAUGAACAAACCUGUUUGCAUGCGGCCGUUGUAACUCUCGGCUCCCAUAAACGUUGCGCGCCACCCGAUCACUGAAGUGUAACAAUAUGUAAACUGACUUUUCGUAAUCCUGUACAGUAUUCUCCACUGUUGAGUGCAUCAUGGUUUGGCAGAAAAGGUUCUGGUAAGAUUAUAUAAGUGGACUGUCAAUAUUGUUAGGAGGAAAAUAGUGUAUGAUUUAUCUAAUCUUGUAUAUAAUAAUAGUAUCCAAAUAGGUGUAUUCAGAUGUUGCUACCCUACACUUCAGUUUUGUUUGAUAUUCUUGAUUUUGUUUUGAGCCAGAACUUUUAACGACGUGCAAUACUGGGUGUGCCUCCUAUCUUACAGCUGUAAACAUAUGGAAUGUAUGUCAAUAAAGCCACUGUACAUUUUUAUACAGUGAUACACGCUGUUGUGUUUCCCCCUGGCAAAUAUAACAUCAGCUCUGUGCUCAGAAAACUUUGAUGGGCUUGUGUCUGCCAUGUCUGAGGGUUAAUGUGAACCCUUUCAACUCCUCAAUAAUAUAAUGUGGUACAAAGCCGUUUUCUGUCUUUUUAAAAAUAUUUAAAAAAAAAUAUCAAAGGUGAGUUCUACCAUUGUAUUUUAAAAACAGAACAUGAAUUUUCGGGCCGGCGGCCAGUCUUCACACCAAAAAAUAAAAAAAUAAAAAAUUAGAGAUUGUGAAACUUUUCAGAAAUGUGAGAAUGUAUGGAAGUGUGACAAACAGCUGCUGUAAAAGAGAAAACUGCUACUUGUAAAUCUGCUCUGUAUUCUCUGUGGUGGAUAGAGGUGGAUGGUAAUAAAACAGAUUCUCUGUUCUGCAAGGUG